GUACAGAUGUGUUGUUGCAAGACAAAGUCGAACUAAGAAUAAAGAAAGGAAUAUUUAGAAUUUCGGCAGAUCCCGAACCAUUUUCAGAAUUACCGACGGUAAAUAGUAUAGACUAUAGCGACAAGGUUAUAGAACCGGCAGUUGAACAUAUCGAGAACCCAGAGGCUAGAGACAGAGUAAAGAGAUUAGUAUCGGAAUAUAAACCGUUAAAAACGCAAGACGUAGGAAUUGAACUCAAUAUUGUUUUAAAAGACGAAACACCCGUGUACCGACGUGCGAAUAGAAUAUCCGAAACAGAACGAAAGACGCUCGACGAACAAAUACGUAAGUGGUUAGACGAGGGGAUUAUUCAACAGUCCACUUCGGAAUACGCGAGUCCAGCGGUGUUGGUCAAAAAAAAGAAUGGUACUACGCGAAGGUACAUAAACGCCGUGUUUGCUAAAUUAGUUGCAGAAAAAAAAGUGUCGUUAUAUAUGGACGAUCUGAUUAUACCAUCUAGCGAUGUUCAAGAGGGAUUACAGUAUUUAGAAGAGGUGUUACGAACAGCCAGUUCUUACGGGUUAGAGAUAAACUGGGGAAAGUGUCAGCUCUUGAAAACGAGAGUCGAUUAUUUAGGAUUUAUUAUAGAGAAUGGAGACGUUACUCCAUCAGACGAAAAGACGAGUGCUGUGAAAAAUUUUCCUGUGCCGACUGAUAAAAAAACAGUACAGAGCUUUUUAGGACUGACCGG